AUGGUGAAAAUCAACUGUGACGGGGCCAGGUUCAUAAAGGAAAACAGAGCAGGCAUCGGGGUGGUCAUUCGUGACAGCGAAGGCAUGGUAUUAGGCUCACUUUCUAAACAAAUUCCUCAAGCAUACAACCCUCUGGAAAUCGAGGCAAUGGCGGUCACAAUAGCAAUUCAGUUUGCAUCAGAACUGGGGUUCCAACAUGCCAUCCUUGGGGCCGAUUUGUUUGUGUUAGUGAAGGCUCUGGUUGAUGAUACUCAACUCCUAUUUGUCGUGGGUCUAGUAUUGGAUGAGAUUAGAUAUAAGGCUAAUUUUUUUAAUGAAUUACACUACUCUCAUGUUAAGAGAGAGGGUAAUAAUGUUACUCACAAGUUAGCUCGUCAAGCUAUUUGUGUUUUGGAUUUUACAGUGUGGAUGGAGGAUGUUCCACCACUUUUAUCUUAUGUUGUAUUGGUUGACAUAGCCGGUUCUACUUAA